UAAAUUAAUCAACGGCUUAAGCGAUGAUGCUUGCCGCCAUUUUAAUUUAUGAAAAUUUGUAAACAUUGCAAACUAUGGUGAAUUUCACGUAAAUAACAUUGCGUUGGUUAAUGGAAAGUUGAAGACACCUUACUCAAGAUGUAUAUUAAACAGGUGAUCAUACAGGGCUUUCGGAGUUAUCGUGAGCAAACAGUUGUAGAGCCAUUCAGCAGCAAACAUAAUGUUAUUGUUGGAAGAAAUGGAUCGGGAAAGAGUAAUUUCUUUUAUGCGAUCCAGUUUGUUUUAUCUGAUGAGUUCAGUCACCUGAGACCAGAGCAGCGUCAGGCGUUAUUACACGAGGGCACAGGUCCCAGGGUCAUAUCUGCCUUUGUGGAAGUCAUAUUUGACAACUCAGACAACAGAAUUCCGAUUGACAAAGAUGAAGUGGUUUUGCGACGAGUCAUUGGCUCGAAGAAAGAUCAGUACUUCUUGGAUAAGAAGAUGGUCACGAAAGGCGAUGUGAUGAAUUUACUGGAGAGUGCAGGUUUCUCCAGGAGUAACCCAUAUUACAUUGUGAAACAGGGAAAGAUAAACCAGAUGGCGACAGCCCCGGACUCCCAGCGCCUGAAACUUCUACGAGAAGUGGCCGGCACGAAAGUUUAUGAUGAACGCAAAGAGGAAAGUAAAGACAUCCUCAGAGAAACAGAGGGAAAGCGUGAGAAGAUCAAUGACCUUUUGAAGUACAUUGAGGAGCGGCUGAUGACCUUGGAGAAUGAGAAGGAGGAGCUCAAGGAGUACCAGAAGUGGGACAAGAUGAGGAGGUCCUUGGAAUACACGAUACAUGACCAUGAGCUGCGGGACACAAAAAAGAAACUAGACGAGCUACAAGAUAAGAGAGACAACUCUGGCGCCCAGUCACAGAGGUACCGGGACCUAGCCCAGGCUGCAAAUGAUAAAGUCAAGGCAAUUAACAAAGACCUCCGUGAGCUGAAGACGCGAAUGCAGACAGUGUUUGAUGAGAAAGAACAGCUACAGUCAGAGAAUCAGGAGCUCACGAAACAGAAGGCAAAGCUUGAACUCACCAUAAAGGACAUACAGGAUGAUCUAGAGGGGGACAAGAAAGCCAAGAAAAAGUCUGACGCUGAGUUAAGUAAGGUAGAUGAGAAGAUCGGGCGCACCCAGAAAUCACUCGAGUCCAUUACCCCCCAAUAUGAGGCUCUCAGAGAUCGAGAAGAGGAAUGUACACAACAGUUGGCAACAGCAGAGCAGCGUCGUAAGGAGCUGUAUGCAAAGCAGGGUCGGGGGAACCAGUUUCGGUCACGGGAGGAGCGCGAUUCUUGGAUCAAGAAUGAACUUAAGUCACUCAACAAGGCCAUAAAAGACAAGGAAGAACAGAUCCGUAAAUUGACAGAGGACACCGGUCAGGAAGAGAAGCGCCGUGAGAUGUUGGAGACGAAAAUCACUGAGGUGAACCAGAAAGUGGAGCAGCACAAGGAAAUCAUUGAGACAAACAAUAAGUCAUACAACGAGAUGAAGAGCAACAAAGAUGAGCUGCAGAAUGAACGCAGUUCCCUGUGGAGAGAGGAGAAUCAUCUACAGCAAAAUCUUGUGUCUCUAAGGGAUGAGUUGAGCAAGAAAGAGCAGGCACUACGCUCAAUGACUGGCAAGGCUACCUUGAACGGUAUCAAUAGUGUACAGAAGGUCCUGCAGUCAUUCCGAGACCGUAACAUUCACCUUGACCUCAUCGAAGGCUACUACGGCACUCUUAUAGGGAUGUUCGAAUGUGACAAGACUUUCUUCACAUGCGUGGAGGUCACUGCUGGGGGAAGGAUGUUUCAUCAUGUUGUGGACAGUGACAGGACGGGUACGGCCAUUCUUCAGGAAAUGAACCGAAUGAAACUCCCCGGGGAGGUCACCUUUAUGCCCCUUAAUCGGCUAGAUAACCGGGACACCAGAUAUCCCGAGACAAAUGAUGCCAUACCAAUGAUCAGUAAGCUGCGCUUCGAAGAUAAGUACAGCCCCGCACUGAAGCAUGUGUUCUCUAAAACCCUGAUCUGCCGCAGCAUGGAAGUGGCCACACAAAUUGCCCGGACACAGAACCUUGACUGCAUCACACUUGAUGGUGACCAGGUGUCAAGGCGCGGAGCCCUGACCGGUGGAUACUAUGACAACCGAAGGUCGCGUCUUGACCUUCACAAGUCGAAGGAGGAGUAUGCAGAGAAAGUCAACACCAUGGAGUCGCAGUAUAAUGAACACAAGACAAAGCUGGAGGAAAUUGAGGGACAGAUCAACAACCUUGUGUCAGAGAUGCAGCGUAUGGAGACUCGGAAUAGUAAGAACCGUGACAACUAUGAGAAGAUGAAGGCCGAUGUCAGGCUCAUGACCGAGGAACUCAAGAACCUCCAGAAAGGCCAGCCUGGCAAAGGUCGGAGUGUGUCCAACUUCCACAGUAGCCUUGAGGCAAUGCAGGCGACUGCCAUGUCACUUAAAGAAGAGCUGGGCACCGAUCUCCUGUCCCAGCUGAAUGUGGAAGACCAAGGCGAGAUGGACAAACUCAAUGACCAGAUCAAAAACCUCACGCAGCAGAACAAGGACUCUCUCAAGGAGAGAAUCAGACUUGAAGGUGAGAAGAACAAGCUGGAGAAUCUGUUGUACAACAAUCUGAUGAAGAACCGAGAGCGGAUAUUGUCGGACAUGCAGGAGGAGGAUGUCCAGACGAGGCAGAGCAAACUGGAAAACUCCAACACCAGUCUCGAUAAAGUGGACACCAGGCUUAAUGAGAUCAAAACACAGAUGAAGGACCUGGAUGAUGGUUUGGAGAAAUUGAACAAGGAACAGAAAGAGCUUCAAAACAAUAUUGAACACUGGAAAGGUCAAGAAAAAGAUAUCCAGGAAAAGUUAGGUGAUGACUCCAAAGAGCUGGAAAAGAUGACUAACAAACAAUCGGUGCUACUCAGAAAGAAAGAUGAAUGUAUGAAGAAGAUUCGAGAACUUGGCUCUUUACCAAGCGAUGCCUUUGAAAAAUACCAGAAUCUCAAUUCUAAACAGUUGUUUAAGAAGUUAGACCAGUGUAAUGGAGAGUUGAAGAAAUACAGCCACGUGAACAAGAAAGCCCUUGACCAGUUUGUUAACUUCACAGAACAAAAGUCAAAACUCAUCAAGCGAAAGGAGGAACUCGACAGAGCUCAUACAUCUAUCAUUGAUCUCAUGAAUGCCCUGGAUCACAGGAAAUAUGAAGCAAUUCAACUUACAUUUAAACAGGUGUCAAAGUACUUCAGCGAGAUAUUCAAGAAGCUGGCACCGGAUGGCCACGCUCAGUUGGUCAUGAAAAAAGGGGACACAGAUCCAGGGGGAGAGGAUGAUGAAGGGAACCAGUCACAGGAAGUGCCAUUGGUGGAACAGUUCACUGGGGUUGGAAUUAGGGUUUCGUUCACUGGUAACCGUGCGGAGAUGCGAGAUAUGCAGCAGUUGUCCGGGGGUCAGAAAUCCCUCGUAGCCCUCACCUUGAUCUUUGCCAUCCAGAAGUGUGACCCCGCCCCUUUCUACCUGUUUGAUGAGAUUGAUCAGGCCCUGGAUGCACAGCAUAGGAAGGCUGUGGCAGAUAUGAUUCACGAGCUCUCUAAGGAUGCCCAGUUCAUCACGACCACAUUCAGACCUGAGUUACUGGAACAUGCCGACAAGUUCUAUGGUGUCAAGUUCAGAAACAAGGUCAGCCAUAUUGAUUGUGUGAGUUACGAGGAGGCUCAAGACUUUGUUGAAGAUGAUACCACACAUGGUUAAGAUACAGUGACAGUGACAUUUAUUGGAUUCAAGAUAGUGACUGUCAGAGUAUGUGGCAGAAGGAGUUGAAGUAUUUUAUCAGAUUUUAAAUCAGAGGAUUCAGUGUUUUAAUGUUGUUCAGUUAUGAGGAGAGAUAGACUUUGCCCUGAAAAUGUGGUAAGAUGACUAAUGAAAUCAAACAAAUCACUGUGUAAAUUAUUGAUAUAGAAAAAGACCAAAAGAAUUUGAUGAAUAAGUUGAAACAAUAUAAAAACUAUCAUGUGGGAAGGUAAAUUUAAAUGAAUCAAUUUUGUAUGAGGUACAAGACAAAUAAUUUUGAAUGUGUCAAUUAGGGAUCCAUUUCAUCAAGAAUUAUGGGAGCAGUUUUAGGAAAAAUAUCCUAUGUACACUCCUAGGAAUCUUGAUGGAAUGGCCACCGGAUCUUUGGCUACAGAUGAUAGUGCUUGCUGAACAUAGACCAAAACCAACAUUGUACACUCAAUUGAAUAUAAAGUCCUGUUAAGAGUAAUGGUUAUUGUAUAUGUUCAUUUUAAAAUGCAUAUAAAUAUAUUAGUUUCCCCAUAUACAUUUUCAUUAACAUUAUGAAGUUUUUUUUUGUUGUUCCAUAUUGUACAUUCAUUAUAGAGUUCAUCAAUAAAAUAAAAAAAUAUC